GAUGUCUACGUCAAUCACAUAUUGACAUCAUUUACUCAUGUGCUGCAUAUCUUUCAUUAACAUUCUAGUGUUUAGAUACAAUGGACUGUGCUGUGUGUUCGAUGACAUUUGCCACUGAGAACAUCUUUGUGAAAAUGAUGUCUCUGUAGCGUUUUUCUUAGUUUACCAUUACUGUGAGUUGUACAGCAUGAUAAACAAAAGUGCGAUGGAAACUGAGUCGUCUGUAAAGUAUGUUUGUUGACGUACUGCGUACCUGUGGAUACGUGUAAAGAAGUUCGUCAUGUUUUUCAUAGUUUUCAUAAGCUAAAAGCGGCAUCAACAUGUAUAGGAAAACGUGUAGUGUUGCAACGUUUAUGAACAAUGGAAGACAAUCUGAACGAAGACACCUGUAAACACACCAUAAAACCAAGAUACAUCCCUCCACAGAAUAUUGUCCACCGAUUAAGGAAGAGAGAAACAUUUGGAGCCGUUCAUCCGGGUACACAUUUCCACGUUGCUAGGGAAUUUCAUCAAAACGUUUUCCCCAAUUUCACAAUAAUAAAUGUCGAAAAACCACCUUGUUUUCUCCGAAAAUUCAGUCCAGAUGGCCAGUACUUCAUUGCUUUUUCAUCCGAUCAGACAUCGCUGGAAAUCUAUGAAUAUCAGGGAUGUUCAGCAGCUGCCGACCUCGUUCAGAACUGUAAGGGCGAAUAUAUUGGACACACCAGCGACCGAGAGAGUGAGUACAUACGAAGUUCAGUCUUCAGUCGUUUCUUUAAGAUCAAAUAUACAGUCAAUGUUGCGCAGAGUGGAGAGCAACUUAAUAGAGAGUGCAGCCUGUUUACCGACGAUGGUCGGUAUGUUAUUGUUGGUUCGGCAGCUUUUAUUCCAGACGAUUUGCGCCCUCAUUUUUAUGAAAUUUAUACUAAUAACGAAUCGGUGACACCAAACCCUCGCUCACCAUUGGAGGAUUACUCUCUUCAUCUAGUUGACAUUCAAGCUGGCCGUCUUUGUGAUACCAAAAUGUUUAAAGUUGAUAAAAUAUUCUUAUCUCACAAUCAGGGUUUGUACUUAUACAAAGAUACAUUAGCCGUACUCUCAGUACAGCAUCAGACAAUACAUAUUUUUCAGUUGUGUGACGGCAUGUUUAUAAGUGUGCGAACUAUAGGUCGUUUCUGUUAUGAGGAUGAUGACUUCAUUUUGUCACCAGUAUCGAACCCAGGACAGAAUUCUAUUAAUUACCGAGCCUUUAGAGAAAAAAGUAUAAACUGUAUGAAACACAGACUGUUGGUUUUCUUGUUCAAGAGAGCGAAGCAUAUUUCGGAUACAACCAAUGACCCGUAUGAACUACGGAAAUUUUAUCAGUACUUCGAUCAGUUUAGGGCACUCCGAAUGUGGAGGAUGCAGCUUCUGGAUGAGAAUCAUCUGCUUGUUAAGUAUGCAAGUGAAGAUAUUGUUACAUUAAAAGCAACAGAGGCCAAUGCUCAGUCAUCCUUUUUUGUGGUGUACAAUAUUGUUACCACUGAAGUUAUAGCUGUGUAUGAGAAUACAUCUGAAGAACUCCUUGAGCUGUUUGAAAACUUUUGUGAUUUAUUUCGAAAUGUAAAGUUACACUCGGAAUCACAAUUUACAUGCUCUCCAUCCAACAACAUAUAUGCAAGGGUGAUCCAGCAGCGUUGUAAGCAAACAUUUGUGAGUGCACGGUUUGGUGGUGUAACAGAGGCAACCAAACGAAUGUUAACACAACUACCAAUCAGCGCUCAGUCAUACAGCUGCUCUCCAUAUCUAGAUCUGUCACUCUUUAGUUAUGAUGACAAAUGGGUCUCUGUUAUGGAGCGACCAAAAGCUUGUGGUGAACAUCCCAUCAGAUUUUAUGGACGUGACUCUGGUUUGCUCAAGUUCAGAAUUUAUGCUGGGGUACUUGGACGAAGUCCUCCUCCUGCAGCAAGGCGGCUCGUGGCAUUCACUUUCCAUCCGAGAGACCCAUUCGCCAUCAGUGUUCAGAGAACCAAUGCAGAAUAUGUUGUUAAUUUUCAUAUAAGGCAUGUAUGACAAAGAAGAAAAAUGAUACCACUCAACUAAAGGCACAGGCAGAUUUGCACACCCUGUCAUAGCUUCAUAAUGUGAAAUUACAUGAUGGAAUGGAUGACAGAGUCCUUGUGAAACAAGAUUAAAACUUUUACUGUUAUUUCAUUUCUCACCUAAACUAAAUAGUCUCAAAUUAAAUUUCAUUGUGGAACAUAAGAUUUGGUUUUCAGUAGUGUAUUUCAGAAAAUCUUAUGAGUAUGAAAUACUAGUGUAGUAUUUCAGUUUUGAUUCUCGUGUAUCUAAAUACAUCAUAACAACAUAUUGUUUCCACUUUACCAGUGAUAAGUUAUUUUGAACCUGUUGUGUUAUAUUUAGUCUGUAGUUUCAAUCUCCUAUGUUCUGCCUGUUUUUGUAGAAUAUGUUGAAACAACAUGAUGUGCAUUACAAGAACUGUAAGAUGUGGCAGCAUAUUUAAGUUUCUUUGAAAGGAAGCCGAAAAGGAGGAGAUCUCCAAAUGGAUAUGUUAAAGAUAGAAUAAAUGUAUAAAAGAACAAAUGCUUGAAUACUUUGUACUGUCACUUCUGUUUAUGUGUAUUUAUAAUUUUGGAAAUAGCAAAACAGGAUUCAGUUUCCACUAUGAGCAGUAAAACGUAAUUCAAGCACCAGAAUACGAUCAUAGUGUGAUUGCUCUGAUGACUGAUACAUAAUGGGCUCUACAGAUAGUUUCAUGAUAAAGUCAGAUAUUCAGUGUUAUGUGCCAUUUGCAGUUUGUAAGUAGCCUUCUAAUACUUUUUGCAGCACUAAUUACAAUGCAAAAGGCUUUUUCUUAAAUAUAAAUUACAAUUUCUCAUUUAAAGUAUUGUGAUCAAUAUAAUAUUAGAAGGUGUGCAAACAGAUAAUGUCAUUGUUAGUGAAUGUGUACCUUAUUUACAAGUGCUGGCACUUGGAUAAAAACCCUAAAACCUAUUGUUAUUUAGCUGGUGCCAUUCCUACAGGCCUGCUUGUCAGUUUUUCAUUAUUUUUUAGUAUGAGUCAAGUAAGCUGCAUCCUAUACUACUCAACGUUUUCCCAUUUACAGCAGUUUCCUGUGACAUAGAAGUUAUGUACAUACUCAUAGCUUCAGUAACACAGAUGAUGAGAGGCUUCAUUUUAAAGUAGUUAAUUUAUGUUGGGACAGUCAAAUACAUGUUACUGAAUUUUGUAAUAAGUUCCAAUGCUUGUAACAGUUUUAUAUAAUGUCAAAGCAGAAUUGAUUUUACAUUAUUUAUGUUCAAAAAUUUUUUGACGAUACCUAGCAUUAUCUGUUGUGAGAACGAUGACUUUUUGUCUCAAUGACAAUUAAAUAUUUACUGGUAUCUUUAAACAUCCAUAGAUCUAAGAAAUAACUGUCAUUAACAUAUAUAGGUGUCAUUUUCAAAACAGAAUAAUGUGGACAGAGAAUGCUGUAGAGAUGUCUUUGCUAGCUCUCUGCCAUGCUCACUAACCUUUAAGUAUCUGAAUUCCUCGACACCCACUAUUCAGACAUUGUUAUCUCUUGUCUAGGCAGAUCAGUCACUAACCAACAAACUAUUGUUAAAGGACAAUUUUUUCAAAAGCUGUCUAACAUAAUUCCAGGAAGAAUAUUGAGAUUACAGUAAUGUAAUGAUUUUUGUUCACAGCUUGUUGGCCCAGGUGCAUUGAAACCAUCAAAAUAUUAUCCCAUAUUUGACACAAACACAGCUAUAAGUGUAUUUCUUUUUUUGCUAGCAGUUCGACACAGCAACAUUUCUUUGAGUUUUUAUUGUUACUUUAUUGACCACAAUAAGUGAUAAAGGCAAAAUACUUUGUGUGUGUGUGUGUGUGUGUGUGUGUGUGUGUGUGUGUGUGCGCGCGCGCGCAUGCGCG